CUAAUUUCUAAGGAAUUCACAAUAAAGACCGAUAAUUUGUAUGAAGGUUUCAAUAAGUUUGUUUAGUGAGGUGUUGAGAGAGAGAGAGAGGCGGCCAGACACACCAGUGUUGAUGCCACCGUCCUCACAGGGGCUUCUUCCUUCAUUCCUCACUCUGAGUGACGCAAGUGUGAUGCGAGGCUGAGUGUGGGAUGCCAGGGUGAAGCUGAGGCACUUGGCAGAGUGCCUGGGGGGAGCCGCGAGCCUCAGGCAGGCUCCAGUGUGCUCCGGCUACCAUGUGUUCAACACCCGCGCCUCCUGCACUCGUGUCACCUCCACAUACCUCACAGUUACUGCCUCUGCUCACCUCCUCGCAGGUGUAAAGUGUUCCUUAGUGAAAUUUGAAGAAAUUGAAUGACACAGUAUUUCAAUUAAUUCUUUCAUACUAGAGGUGAAUUACUGUACAGUGAAAAGGUGGUUAAUAUUUAUAUUGAAAUGAAAUGAGUAGAAAAUUUGUGUAUAGUGCUGUAAGAUAAUCAUUAAUCAAGUGUAAAUAUUUUGAAAAAAUUAUAUUCAAAGUUAAGUGAAAAUUGUUGCCGAGUUGUGAGAAAAAAAAAAUGUGUGCGAUGAGGAAUAAUAAGAGAAACUCGCUCCCUUCCCUGAGCAUGAACAAAUUCUUUGUGAACAAGAGGGCUUCUAUGUUCGAACGACAGGAUGAAGCUCCUCGAGACAAGAGAGAAUGGAGCCCAUGCGGUAUCGUUGAAACCUCUCAGCGGAAGAUGGAAGCACGGAAGGAGAAAGAGAGGAAAGAAGAGAUGAGGGCACGUUUAAAGAGACAAGUUGACCCAUAUGCUGAACAGAGUAGUGAGGCAGAGCAGGAAGAGAUGCCAGCAUCAGUGACCUCUGACAUGGAAUCCAAAAAGGAGUCCAAAGCAUGUGGUCAUGCGAGUAGAUCCGUCAACUUGAAUCUAGUGAAGAAAUCUCUUAAGCAAGGCCAGGUGAUUGGUGAAUGUAUACUGUGUCGCAAGGGACACCAAACACAGUUACAAGAUCAAACUAAUCAUGUCUUGGAUUCCUAUGAACCAGUAAUUUGGUUGUGCCUUUAUUGUGGCCAUCAAGGCUGUGAUCGCAACACAAAAGAGCAGCACGCUCUUCUCCAUUAUAGAACUCCCCGUUCUGACCCUCACUGCCUCAUACUUAAUACUCAGGCCUGGAAUGUAUGGUGUUAUGAGUGUGAUUCAGAGGUUCACCAAACCAGUACAAAGAAACUUCAUGAAAUUGUAGAAUAUAUCAAGAGGCAAAAAGAUAUGGCACCACGUCGUUCCAUCUCCUCACAACCUGUUUCUAAUUCAUCACAAUUUUGUGGACCAGAGUCUGGUUCACUCACAGUUACCAAAGGUUCUGUAACUUCCUUAGAUGACAACUCCAAAGCAGCAAAAAACCAUCGAAAUGCACAGGCCAGUGUUCUUGCAUCCUUGCCAAAAGUAAAGGGUUUAUGCAACUUGGGAAACACCUGUUUCUUCAACUCAGUGAUGCAGAGUCUUUCACAAACACAUUUCCUAACACAACUGCUUGAUGUGCAGUGCCAAAGUGGUCAGCACAUGUUCCUUCCUGGGCGCCUAAAGUCUUCAGAAUUAUGUGUUGAAGGCAAAAGUAAUGGAGAGGUACAGCUAAACAAAUAUAUGUCAGAAAAUGGCCAGGGCUUGAAUAGUCAAAAUGACAGUAGUCAAGACAAGAAAAAUGAUGGAGAGGAUGUGGAUGACGACUUAGAAUUGAAACCUCUUGAUCUCAUUCUUCGUGAAGGUGGGGCGUUGACCCUCGCUACGGCAGCUUUCCUCAAGGAUAUGCAUUCUAUUGGCAAAAAUCCGUCACUAAAUCCAGGACAUUUGUUUGGCCAGAUAUGCAAGAAAAGCACCCAGUUUCAGGGUUACGAACAGCAAGAUGCACAUGAGCUCUUGCGAUGUCUUCUUGAAGCUAUACGAAAUGAAGAAAUUUUAAGAGCAAAGCGAGCCAUUUUACGAGCAUUUGCACUCUCUGAGAAGACUGAUCCAAACAGUGUGAGUCCACGGCUGAAGAUGAUGAUAAAGGGAUAUGGUAGACAAGCAACUCACACAAUUGUUGACCAGAUAUUUGGUGGUCAUUUAAUAAGUACUGUAUUUUGCGAAGAAUGUCACUGGUCUUCACAGGUAUUUGAACCCAUGAUGGACCUGUCUUUACCAAUUAAUGAAGAAAAGGGGAAGCCAAAGAAGGUAUCUCCAGAUGAUGAUUGUGCCUUUGACUGCUUUGGUAGACCUGCAAGCAAUAACACUGUCUCAAAACAUCAAUUGAAAAAGCAGAAGAGAGCAGAUAAAAAACAGCGUAGGAGCACAAAGAAGCACAAUAAAGGUGGAAGUUUAGCUCCAUCUUGCAUGCGAGCAAAUACAGAAGAACACGAGGAAGAGAUAGGUACAUCAACAGUAGUAGAAAAUGAAAGAGUGAAAAGGAGAAUAACAGAGAAGAGUCGACCAGAAGAUUUGGAAGAAAGAGCUAAGAAGGAGAGUGAGAAGAAUGCUGAUGAAAAGGAAACAACAGUUGUAAAGAAAAGGGGUGAAAGUUCAAAAUUUAAGCAGUUGAUGGCAGCAAGAAAAGUUGGGAGAAGGGAUAAGGAAAGUGAUGGAGAAGAAAGUGAUGAGGAUUCUGAAUAUGAUUUUGAAGAAGACGAGGAAGAUGAUUCACUAGUGGGAAAGGGUGGUGAUGUAAAGAAGAAGAAAACAAAUGGGGGAAUCUCUUCAACUAGCAUAAAAGAAGAAAACGAGUGUGAGGAGACAGUGAGUAAGACACUAGCAGAUGAAAAAGCUGAUGAAACUAAAGAAUCAAAAAGUUUCACAGAAAUGGGUGAAAAUGAGGAAUUUGAUGAUAAUGACAAUGAUGAUGAUGAUGAUGGGGAUGAUGGUGAUGAUGAUGACUCAGAAGAGACUGAAAGUGACAGUAAAGCCAAUGGAAGUGAUAGUGCCAUUUCCAAGAAAAAAGGUUCAUCCACAGAGAUCAGCGAUGCUGAUAUUGAAGACAACACAGACUCUGAAAGAGUCCGGCACAAGUACCACAACACUCGGCAACCUUCCAUUGUUGUUGAACAUUCAGAAAAUGAUAUUAGAACAACUAAUGAUGCAGUUGUUGCUAAUCACAGAGAGAAUUACAUCUACAUUUUCACCUAUAAUCUUAUAUUUUAUAGAAGAAAACCGGCCACUAAACCCCGUCCAUCACUACUUUUCAGAUGUUUGAAGACUUGUUAUUCCAGUGACCAGCUGAACUAUAACUCUGCCUCAGACACGUCUGAAAGAUACUUCACCCCAUACGAGAGAGACUGUAAUGGCGUGGAUACUGGUGAUGAUAUUGACAACUUCCAUGACCCUAUGGGAAAAGCAGACAGUACAUCUUUCAAGUCGGAUCACACAACUAACACAAGUGGUAGGGCAUCUUCCUGCAGAACUGGAGACAACUUCUCUAUAUCCAGUGGUGAGACAAUCAACAACUUUGAUGGAACAAUAGAACAUAAGGUCCCAGUAGAUCAAGCACAUAUGGAUGAAAUGUGCCUAAAAGUGAAGGAAUUAAAGAUUCGACGAAAGUCCAGCAGUAAGGAGAAUUUAUUAGACACUCAGCGCUGCAACAAAACACGAGGUUCAACAGAGACCCUUCACACCUUCAAUGACCGAGCUGGAGAAGGUGAAGAAGAUGAGGGCAGAAAAAAGACAAAAUACAUGAAGAAAUUGAAACAGGAGUGGAUUGCAAGGAGUCUUACAACGCUAGCACCUCGUUAUCAAUGCCAGAGCCAGGAAUGUUCCAUCAUGUCCAGUCUCACCAACUUCACUGCACCCGAGUUGCUGACGGGUAAUAAUAAGAUCACUUGUGAAAAUUGUACCAAAGUUCACAAUCAGCUGCAUCCAGAUGAUGCAAAGGAAUCCGUGAAGAGCAAUGCCAGCAAACAAAUGCUAAUACUUUCACCACCUGCUGUGCUGACACUCCAGCUGAAGCGUUUUCAUCACCUGGGCAGCAACCUUGCUAAAGUCAACCGUUAUGUCCAGUUCCCACUAGUUCUCGACAUUGCUCCGUUCACAUCGUCAAUCUCUCUGGGUUUAGGUAACAUGUCACGAGGGCAGAGCCAAGUGCUAUAUGGGCUUUAUGGUAUUGUAGAACAUUCAGGUCGCCUCAACUCGGGCCACUAUGUAGCAUAUGUUCGCUCACGUCCUCUAGAUCCUGCUCGCACGAAUAAGCAGUAUCUCAACCUUAAGCCUUCUACGCAGUUUGAGAUUAAUCAGUUAGUGGCAGAAAUGGCUGACAAAAUUGAUGCAUCAUCAGGUACUUUAGGAAGUGAUCUUAAAGGCUCAUCUGGAAACAAGAACUCCAUCAAUACUGAAGAAUUUGAAGAGGAGGUGAGAGCUGGAAGAUGGUUUCAUGUUUCUGACACUUACGUCGCUGAAGUUAACAUUGAGCGUGUUCUGAAGGCCCAAGCAUAUUUACUUUUUUAUGAACGUCUGAUUUGAACUUAGGAGAUUUAUUGUACAUAAUAUUUCAUAUUUACUUAUUUGUACGUGCAUUAAGUAUUUAUUUGUAAAUUUCUUAAUGAUGAUUGUAUAGUUGUACUCCUUCAUUGAGUUAUAUUUAGAUAUUAUGGUACUGUAUUAUGAAUUUCUUUUUAAUCCAAAUAUAUAUAAAAUGUAAGGCACUUAUUGACAGCUGCAUACAAGUAGUACAAAGCAUUGUUACACAAGAAUAUACAUAAUUUAUUCCGUUAAAAAAUUCUAAGACGACAGGUAUUGUGACUAUCACUGAGGUAGACAGACGUGACCUGAGGACAUCAGCCAGUAGUUACUCCUUUGUGUGAGUUAGUCUACUGAAUUAUGUUAACAACAUGGGUAAUUCAUGCUAUAUUUCUGAGGUAACACUAAAAGUUUGCAUUGUAUAGAAUGUUUUAAACAGUUUUAAAGUAUUUUGUGAUGAGUUUUAUCAUAAAUAUUAUUAGUGUCCUUGUCACAUGAAUAAUAGUAAAAAAGCUCAACAUGCAUCUUAAAGUUGACCUCCGAAAAUAUGUGUAAGGAAUGUCUAGAAUCUUUUUAAUUACAUAUUAGGCAGCAUUUUGUAAUUAGGAUGAAAACCAGGAAGUGGCAAAGAAUUAUUUUUAAAUUGUACUACCAAUUCCUUAAAACACAAAAACAUUUCAAAUUAUAAAAUUAAUGAAGCAUAUUGGAAAUAUAAUAUGUAUUGUGCUUUCAUGUUUAUACAAAAUUCUGAAAACUUGGCAUUUAUAAUGAAAAUAAAAAAAGAGUUGUGCA